GGAGCCCAGCAAAAGUUUACCCAAAGAAGAACAAACCUGGUGAGACACUGAACUUAGAUUAAUUUUCUUUAUGAACAAUAAAGUUAUUCUAUUCGAAAGGAUUGUAUCAAGAGUAUAUUUUCACACAACGUAACAUAGGUUAAUUUGUUGUAAUACGUUGUUUUAGAAUGUGAACCAUACUUCUUGCCAAACCCGAUAUGGGGGGGUUCAGAAUCUACUCUUUCAUGUUGUGCCUCUCUCCAUAUCUCUCCGAUUACAUCUGCAUGUAAACGUGUAAUUAUUUGUAAUACUGUAAUUACAUGUAUGUGUGUAGUGUACCUCCCUUACACUCGCACACAUAGACACAAUCAAAUACUUACUAAAUUUUCCUGUCUCUCCCACUUCUUUCUCUUUCUCUCCCGGGUAUCUGUUGCUCUUACGAGGGGGUGAGCAGAUCGAUAGGGUUCGCAGACUACGGGUCUGCUGGCGCGUGUUCGUGCGUACGUUGCACGACAGCGAAACCCAACCCUCAACUUUAAUAACAUCACAACCCAGCUAGCCUUCUUGCUUUCCACAUUAUCUCUACCGUCUUCGGUCAUUAUCUGUGCUGCCUGCUUCACUGUACUCCAGGCCUACUUUCUGACAACAAUCCCAUGUUUUAGGGAACCUAUACCAUUCUCGAAUGUGCGAUGUAACAAGUUAUUUUCAACCAUCUAACUCUUGACAGUAAAUUUGCGAUCGUUCACUAUCACUCCCAAGGUGGUAAUAGUCAAAACUAUCCCAUGGUCUGAGAGGUGAAUUAAUUAUUGGCGACUCACUUUCUAGUGGUGACUGUACCACGAGAGAUACUGUAGUUGGAAUAUCACACGGUAAUCUUCGAGAGGCACUUGUUGCUUCUUCUGCUCGAUGGUGUUUUGCAUGACUUGGGCCACUUCAGGCGAUUGAUGGUGUCCGCAUACCAGCUUUAAAUCGGAUUGGUGUGCAGGGAAUUCGUGUGUCGCUGAGGCAUCCUCCAUUAGCUCAAUUGACCGUGAUUUGCGUGUUCGGAAUAUUCGACGGAGCAUCGGAAAACGCGUGAUCAAGUUGAACCUUCUUAAAUAGUCUUGAGCAGGCGUUUCGUGCUUUUUAAAAAAGCUUCACACGGCAGAAAACUAUAGACAGCGUUCGAACUGUUGUUGCCUGCAGGACAAACCAGACGAUCAGCCACCGUCGUAUUCUACAAGCUCUCCAAACCCAAAUAGAAUGGUGGAUUUCACACUUCAACUGUUACGUCGCAUACAAGUACGCAUCGAUACGUCUUCGCCGUAAUAUCAAGCAAGUUCUCAUUGAAUUCAAAACGGAUCAACCCGAACCUGCAAAGAGUGUUUGAUUUCGUUUCUGACUUCCUUUAAACUCGAGUGUUGUCAAACACCUUCUAAAGGGUAAGCGACACGAUGAAUUAAAUAUAUAAUCGCACUGGUCUUGGUAGAAUGAUAAGUUUGAUCAAGGAAUAGCCUGUAAUGGGAGAUCGCCGCUUGGAGCUACAUCUUUCAAGAAGUGCCUAUGCUAUGGAUGACACGACCAUGGACGGAUCUACUGAAUCAUAUGGAGACGAUUUUGGGGACGAUAAUGAUACCACAAACGAAACCAUUGCUGUCCACUCCACGCAAAUCGGGGCUGGUAUGGCACUGGCUGUUGUCACCUUGGCAACAGCGUUCGGAAAUAUCCUCGUGAUCGCAGCCGUGAUGUCGUGGAGGCGCCUCCGCGUGAAACAGACGAGUUGGUUUAUUGUUUCACUAGCCGUGUCUGAUGUCUCCGUCGCGUGUCUCGUCAUGUCUUGGAACGCUGUCUCUUACACGCUCGGUUACUGGCCUUUCGGAUUCUUCUGUAGAGUCCACGUUGCAUUGGAUAUCAUGAUAUCUACAGCCUCUAUUUUGAACCUUUGCGUCAUAGCCGUUGAUAGGUAUUGGGCAAUCACGAAGCCCUUUGAGUAUCAAGAGAAAAUGACCAAACGAAGGGCAUUGAUCAUGAUCGCUGUCGCUUGGAUUCUUUCCUUCGUUCUUUCAUUCUUACCAGUAUUCAGUAACAUCCAUACCGUACCAAAUAGUAUGAACUCUUUGGAGCUGGAUCCUCCACAGUGCAUAUUUCUCCUCAACCGGUACUACGCCGUCAUCAGUUCUUGUAUUAGCUUCUACAUCCCCUCUGCCAUCAUGAUCGCCAUUUAUGCACGGAUUUUCCGCGAGGCUCGUCGGCAAGAAAAGCUUAUCAGGAACCAUAACACACCCAUGGACUCCAAUCAGAGAGGUGAGCACAAAGCUGCAAAAACUCUAGGAACAAUCCUUGGUGUGUUCAUCUGUUGCUGGUUGCCAUUCUUCGUCGUCAAUUGCAUACUUCCAUUUUGUCGAACCUGUGUUAGUGACAGUGUUUUCCAAACAGUACUUUGGUUGGGUUGGAUAAACAGUAGCCUUAAUCCUCUCAUUUACGCCACCAAUCGUGAGUUUCGAAACGCGUUCAAGCGUUUGUUGUGCCGUCAGAGGUUUCUGCGGGAAAGGACUCUCCAGUAUAGCACAACAACUACGCUGCUGACGCACCUAGGUAAUGGCAAAAUAGACUCGAAUGAGAAUGAGCGGAGAAAGAAUAAUCACCUGGAGACGAACCUCAAGAGGGAGGAGGCUUGUAGGGCCGCUCCUCCUGCUCCACCUCCAGGUGGGGGCAGUGGUUCCGCGUCUCCUUCCAACCCUGGAACUCCGCGGGUGCUACGAGUGGUAUCAGAUGCUGCAGUUGAAGACAACACAGGUACAGAGAGGGAUCCUUUGAGGCAACAGGAUUACCCGGAGAGGAACGUUGGGCAUAGAUUAGCACAGUACAAAAGACUAGGCUCAGAGCAUGCAAAGACGUAAUGAACGCUGCAUGAUAUAUAAAUAUCUUUGUGUUUUUAUACAUAAUUUAUAUCUCGUAAAUUAAUCAUCAAAUGCGUUUUAGUUUUUCUAAACAACUGUGAAAUUACUUCGUGUAUGACUUUCAAGUGUACGUUUAUCAUUGACAUAACAGUACGUAAAGACAGUCAGUGGAUUGUUGCAUUGAAACCAAAUAUACUCAAAGGGGUGGCUCGAUUGUUUGCAAUGUUGGGACAGGCUAUACGAACUCACCAAAAAACACCUAUGGAGAAAGUUUUAUUGAGACACAGCAGAGCUUGUUCUCCUGUUUUAUUUUUGUGGCUUCAACUAAUGGCAUCGAAGAAUUUCACGGAUGUAUUUUUAUACGAUUUUAUAUUAUAUUUAUUUGAAAGUUGUAAAUUAUGCAAGCUAAAUUAUUGAAUGUUUUUACCCCCUUUCCGUAAAUAUGAGUUCUGUUAUCCUCUGUCAGAAUUUCAAAGCCUCAAAUUGUUCAUAUUGGUUGAAUACGUAAGACCAAACUUAUAUGCUCCCCUCUAUGUCUCAAUCCUCUAUGAGAAGUGGGAUGGUCGUAUAAUAGGUGCUAGUUGUAAAGUUCAUAUAACAUGAUGCAAAGUGAACCGUGAUUAUAUAUUCAAACUAGACAUUCAAAUCCAUUUUUUAUAUUACAUUAUUGUCAUGUCACGAGUGUGGAAAAUACGAGUGCCGUUACAAAAAAUCAAUAUUGCAGAUUACUUUGUCUUUUUAAGAUCUCUAAUUGUCUAUACGUCCCGAGGCAUUGAAAUUCUCUAUAAAAUCGUAUCAAAUGAAAUUAUUAGGAGAAAUAAUACUUUCAGUGCUUAAAGUUCAAAUAUGUUUGGUACAUUAAGGUACAUGUCUGUCCGGAUUAUUGACCAAUGUUACGCACCACACUAACAAAAAAAAUACAUGUUAACAUGCGUCAUAGUAUUCAGCUAGCGAUGAAAGCAAACAUUUUACAUGUUUUAUAUUACGCCACUUGAAAGCUUCCAAUGUCCAUCAUUUACCAACAUGGCUUGCAUCAUUACAACAACAACAACAACAACAACAAAAUGUUAAUUGCCGAAUGUUCAUUAUGAACAUAUCGCCAUUUACUGUUGUUCCAAGAGCUGAGACCUAAUUUCGUUUACCAUUUUCAAGAAGUCGUCUUGGCAGUAUCAUUAAUUCCUAAUGAAACGGGGAUUUUAACCUUAGCGAUAGAACGUACUUGUUAAUCGAUAAUGAAGGGAUUUCUCUGUAACGAUAACAAGUGAUUUAUCUCAUAUGAGUGAUAUUGCUACAAUUUCUAUUUAAAAAACGGUGAGAAAUAUUUAAGAAGUCUAGUUCAUUACAAUAGCCUAAUUCAUUUCUAUGAUUGCAAUUAAGCUAUAUCAUAGUAUUCAAUAUCAACAUUACUUGUUCAGGCUGAAUAGUACACCUUUUGAAGUGGUGGACAAUGCUGUAUGCUUCCAAAUUGUCUAAGUGAUAUGCAUUGAAAAAGCUGUAUUGUAUAUCGUGUUUUAAUCGGUGAUCAAUCUUGAUAUAAAGCAAAAGAUGUGUGGCAAGUAAUUCUCUUUCGUAUUCAGGGCGGCAUGAAAAAGUGGCACAAAGGGAAAGAAAAAAGAAAGAAUAUAUAUAUAUUGAAAAGAGAGGUCUCGGUCUGUGUAUAACUCAUCUUAUUCUAAUGGGCCUUAGAAAAUCACCUGAUACCCCUCCCAUUCCCUUCUUGUCAAAAUACUUUGGUGUCGCCCCCGGUCGUAUUUCGUAUUUCGAGUAUAUAAUCAAAGAUAUCCAAUGAAAAAUAAUGACCCUGUAAUUUAAAUGGCAUGUGUGUUCAUAACAAUUUAUCAUUCCCGGCCUCACAUGGCUGCCCAAAAUAACCCUAAUAAUAGUCGUUUGACUGUAUAGAUUUUGAUUGCAACAAAUUUCGAUACAGAUACGAUUCUUAAGUUAUCCAUUGAGUUGUCAUUUCGAUAAGAAGAAAAAUAGUGAAUACACAUCGUAUGCAUAUUGAUAAUUUAUGUUUAAAUGAUUUGCAGUUCGUUCCCAUAGUUCAGUUCGAUUAGCGUAGAAUCACGUGCUUCCGCUUUCAAGAUCAAUCGUUCUACAG